CGUCCACAUUUUCAAGGCUUACAUCUAAACGAAACACCAGUCAGCAACAAGGAAACCUCGCAAGAGGGACACCCUUUACACGCACAAGAUCUCAUUAGCAUCGAUCAACACCUCCAUAUACCAGUCCAAAGAAAAACCAAGACCCAAAUGCCUACAGCGCUCAAGAAAAAUGACACAACCCUCUCAUCGCCGCCUAAUCCUCUCCAGCAUCUCUUUCUCUCCAACAUCCAAACCCCCAUCGAUAGCGAAGUAUCCUCCCACAUACCCGCAACCCCCGCUAUCUUUGACGCUUCCCAUAGUAUACUCUGAACACAGCCAUGUUGAGCCAACUAGUAUUUUGCCCCUUUCUUAGAGGCACAGAGGCGCAGAAGUCGGCCAUCUAGUAUACACGCGGAUAGUGCAAAGUCGCAGAUUGAAAGAAACAACGUUGACGGUUGACCACCAGACCCCACACACCCACAUACCCAACCGUCCCAUCUCCAAUCCCCAUCCGAACCCACGCCGUCUUUACAGCCAUCAGCCGCAGCAGCACGUUUCACAAUGCCGUUGGACUCAGGGGCGGGCCACACUGCCACAGCACAGAGAACACACGCGCCGUCAGGUGGCGGUGCGCUUCAGGAGUACAAACUCGUCGAGAACUUGAAAAAGAAG